AUGGUCCAGUCGUUAAAGUCAAAAAAGCACACAUCAAAACUUCAUGCACCAGGCCGCAACAAGGGCCACAUUCCUAUCGGGUCGUUAUCAUCGAGUAAUGAUGCCUCCUAUCAACACAGCUGGAAGAGCAUGUACCAUUUACCACCAACGGGGGAAAUAACAUUGGAACAAUUUGAAGAGUAUUCGUUUCAACGAUUGAAAUUACUCAAAAUGAUAGACACAUGGAAAGCAAGAAAUAUUUCCGUAAAGGCAUUACAAGACAAUAUUAUUGAAGAAUCAAACAAAAUAUUUGAUUUAAGAGUUCCUCAAGAUUUGGAUCAUUGUGAGCCUGAUUGGAUUUCUCAUCACAUUCUGAGAUUAGCCUUUGCAAAAAAUGAGCAAUUGAAACAAUGGUUUCUGACUACAGAAUGCGCAUUAUUUGAAAGUAGACUCAUGCAUGCUUCUCAAGACUCGUAUCUCGAUAUUUUACAAAGAAAUGGUAUCAUUGCUGAGCGAGUUUCUGUUGAAGAAAAAAGAAAACUAGAAUCACCACUCUCCAAAAUGUUCACAAAAUACUAUUUCCAUCUACAGUAUCAACAAAAGGAAAAUACUGAAAACGAUGGCCCAGUAUUAGUGACACACAAAUCUCACUCAAAUAUGGAGAGAUUUAACGUUGAAGAUACACUUGUUUUUAAAGUUGAUUUUGUUUCAGUAUUGCAAUUGGUUGGAAAUCGAAGUGUUUAUAUUCAAAAUGGAAAAGCCUAUUUGUUCUUACAUGAUCUCACUUCUUUGAUAAAACAACACUACAGAGCUAAUUUAGCAGUGGCAUUGGCAAAGAUUCAAUCUCUCUAUCCAGAAUAUUUGAAAGAGGAGGAGAAGGACCGAUUACUUCCUUUCCUUAGAGAUGUUAUUCCUGCAGCCAGUGAAGGAAAAUCUCUCUUCUCCAGCACAGCAUCUUUCAUGAGUACUGGAGAAGUGAAACCAGAACAAAUUGAUGCCUUGAGCAAGCAGAGCUUCCCACUUUGUAUGAGAGUAUUGUAUAAGGAGCUGAAAGAAAAGCAUCACUUGAAGCACUAUGGUAGAAUGCAAUUCGGUCUGUUCCUUAAAGGAAUUGGUCUCAAGUUAGAAGAUGCAUUACAAUUUUGGAAAGAUCACUUUACAGCAGACAAUGCCAUGACCUCUGACUCAUUCGAUAAACAAUACUCAUAUAAUAUUAGGCAUAAUUAUGGUAAGGAAGGAAAAAAGACAAACUACUCUCCAUAUGGAUGUACGAAAAUUAUUAACAACCCUGAAUAUGUUUGUCCUUUUAAGGUUUUCAAACCAGAAGAGCUAAGAAAUGAAAUUCGAUCUUAUGGAGGUGGGUCGUCUUUUGAUGAAAAAGAAGUUCAAGAGGUGGUUGACCUUGCCAAAGAUCAUCACUAUCAAUUGGCGUGUAGACGAUUCUUUGAGUUGAGUCAUGGAAUUCAGAAAAAGCCAAAUAAUUUGCAGCUCAUUGAUACGGAAGAUGAUGGUGUGCCAUUCAGUCAUCCUAAUUCUUACUUCUCGAAAUCAGUUAAAGUGUUGCGAGAGAAGAACUCUGUAGGUAACAUUAAUAACGCACCAGCUUCUUCUUCAAACCAAGAACCUUCCACAACGGAUUUAAAUGAAAACUCAAUGCAGGACGAAGAAUAG